AUGAUUUAUUUACAACUUUUGUCCAAAAUAAUAUUUAUUUUUAUCUUCUUUUUAACUUCUGGCAUUCAAUCUGAUUCUGUUGUUCCCUUAAACGAUUUGUCAAAUGAAUACUUAAAUGAGGAUGUUAAUUGUAGUAAUAAUAAUAUUUUCAAUUAUUUUUGGACUUUAAGUGGAAAUGGAAGAAACAGUAGGACAUUAAAAAGUUUAACAAUAAAUGAAGAAUUACCAAAAGAAUUGUGGAAAGAAUUAAAUAAUUCUGAAAUUAUUUUAUUAGAAACUAAUUAUAAUGCAAAACAAGCAGCUUGGAAAGAAUGUUUUAAAAAAUUAAAAGAAAAAGAAAUUCCGUUUGGAAAGAAAAUUGAGGAAAAACUUCAAAAUUAUUACAAUAACCAUCAACGUUUUGGCCUUCUAAAUUAUUUUAAUUGGAAAGACCUUCCUGCACAAUGGCUAUUUCAAGGAUUGGUUGAUUUAAGAGCUGAAUUGGAAAAAAGAGCAACAAAUAAUGAAUUUAAAAAUAAAAAAAUUACAAAAGAAAUUGAGGAAAUAGGGAAUAAAUAUCAAAAAACGAUUAUUUAUUUAACUAAUUUAACUAAUGAUUUGUGUGAUUAUUAUCCUUCUUUGGCUGCUGAUGGAAAUGUGACUUGA